AUGACAGAGGAGGUGUCGGUGUGUUGUUCGCCUCAAGAUGACAACGAGGCAUCGUGUGGACGGUUUUCUGGCGGUGUUUUUUCUCGCCGGCCGGCCGAACUCUGCGGCUCAAUUUUUAACAGGGGGCGGUUGCCGAUGAAACUUCCUGCUGGCGAGGCCUCCAAAAACACGGGGCGUGAGGCGUCGUCCGACAAACUCGCUGGCGGUGCGGCAUCUUUUCCCCGGGAAAAAAUGGCGGAUGAGCAACGCUUGGAUCCCCGGCAACGACCGACUUCUUCAGAGGACAGGCCACCGUCCUGGAUUUACGGGUACAAGUCGAACCUGGACAAUUCGCUGCUGAACAUUGGGGAGUGGAGCCAGAGUGAAAGUCCAGCGUUGCCGGGACCUGCUCCGCCGCAGGAAAAGGAUUUUAAAGUGGGCGGCGAAGAAGACUUUGAGACGAAGCCACGAACAAAAUUUUGUAGUGUUGGAUUGCGCGUGCUUGUCUUCACGCACGUUCUUUUGUCAGUCGCUUUUAUUGCGGUCAUCUGCGUUGUGCCAGUGGAGAGAACAAGAAAGAAAUUGGAUUUGUCCAUUCAUGUCUUGGCAGACUUCUCAUCGGAAAUGGUGGCAAACGAAAUUGCUAAUAGAUUUACAUUUCUUUCGGAGACUGUAGGUUCCGUCUUUCACAGUCUGCAGUUUAACCAGACCACGCCACUACGUCCAUGGUCAGGCACCGAUAUGCCAAUGGUGAUGCGGCAACUUUGUACUGUGUUGGCCACUUCUGCGUUCUCGGAGUUAUUGCUUUACUUGCACCUGAGCAGCCCUUUUUCCGGAUUUGGUGCGUAUUGCAGUCGUCAGUAUGAUGGUAAAACAAUUGUUGGGAAGCACGUUGCCAAAAAUGUGUCUGAAUAUCGGUACCUUGUGGAUCCAGGGACGUUGGAGUACGCUAAGCCUCUGAAGCCUUUUUAUGAUGUCUCCCGUAUGACUGAGAAAGAAAAUUCCAUUGACUUUGCUUCUCGUAGCAACCCUUUUGUUAAAAUAGCGUUACCGUGGGCUGAGAGGAAUGAUACCCGACGGUGGUGGGUCUAUUCAUCCUACAAUGAGACAAUGGUGACGUACACGUAUCCUUUUCUUGACAGCUCUGGCAAUGUCGCGGUGAUCACAGGUGCUUUGCAAUUGAAUAAAUUGCAACCCCAUUAUCCAAAGAAAUACCAAUCCUCUGAUAUUGCCUCUUUGGUGAUUGUGGAGCUUGGAACCGGAUUAGUGCUAAGCAGAAUUCCCGGAAACACAAUUUCGACCAUGUGGGACAACUGGAACUGCACAGCUAAAAAAAGCAUGUGCGAAAGACCUGGGGUAGAAAAUGAAUACAUUUGGAAUACCGGUAGUCCAUAUAUGCGGGCAGUUAUUAACAAAAUGGGGGGAAGAGAGGGCAUUUUGAUGCUUUUGCUCCGCUCCAAUUACUCAAAGCAAAUUUUUGUUUACAAAGGCGUCAGACUUAAGGUGAAUGUAAAUCGAGUCUUUUUUGGGGAUGAUCAACUUUUUGUGGCUUCCAUCAUAAUUGUACCAAAAUCGCUCCUGAGCGAGAGUAUGGAAAAGACACGUGAUGGGGUUAUUUUGGUUUUGGCAAGCGUUGCUUUUGGUGUUGCCCUUUUGGAAACUUGGCUUGCCUGCUGUUUAAUGAGACCGAUUCGUGGCAUCUUAAAAGGGCUGGAAUUGAUGCUACAGCUUCGUGAAGGAUCCGGGCCCAUGAAGGGGUUUAUUUUUAUCAAAGAGUUGAUGUUGAUACAAAGUUAUUUUCAAACCUUAAAUAAACAACUGAUUUACAUGAAGACAUUUCUUCCGUAUGGGGUGAUGGACCAAGGCCAAUUCAAGUCUCCUGAUUCGGAUUCAAUGGGGUCUUUAAAGGGAGAAAGUGGGAACCAUUUGGCAUUGUUAUCAACGGAAGGGAAAGAAAGGCCUUUUGCCUUCUCCACGUGCUCUUCGCCCUCUUUGAAAGCCGCUGUAGCUGAAAAGUCAAACUUUACUUCAAAAAAAAUUGUGUUAAAGGACGGUGUGAAUCUUUUUUUUCGUCGAUACUGCAGCGUGGUGUGCCUGAGCCUGCCUCUUUUUGACGAUUAUGAUUCAAUUGGCACAGUGCUGCAGGAAUACCUAGAGGUCUGUUUUCUUCUUCUUAUCCGCCGUGGCGGCGUGGUGGAGAUUCAACGACCGGACUUUCUGCUGGUUACCUUCGGUGCUCAUUCCAAUAUGGCGAGAAAUCAGCUACAGGCUGUGCGCUUUGUUAUUGAGCUGAUGCAGUCACUUUCUCCUGAGAUUUUAGGACUACUUGCUGCCGUCGUGGAUGCCGGGGAGUACUAUGUUGGGACUUGUGGUGCCGCAAAUCUCAACGCCCGCGUCACGUAUGGAGCAGAACUGCUUUUUCAAACGGAGCUGGUAAGAAUUGUUCGUUGUCUUGGGUGUCAUUUGCUCGUGACGUGGCCGGUUGCUGUCUCUCUUGGCGAACAAUUUUUGACCAUCCCUGUAGAUACUGCCUUCUGUGGAUUUUCUAACCGAAGUGUUAUUCUAUACGAGCUGCGGGGACAUGUCGCGUCGCUGGAGCCGAGGCAAUUCUCGGAGCUGAAAGAGACAGCCCGUCUUAUUCGUCACGGAUUUGCCAGUAUGUUGAGAGGAAAAUACGAGGCCGCCGCCUGCAUUUUUUCCAGUGUGGAUAGGAAAGAGGUACGGGCUUAUCGUCUGCUUCAAAUUUGCCGCCGCUUUGUCCGAAAAGGAAUAACAAAGCCUUACCUCCGCUGUGUGGGUAAAAUGAGGGCUCCGCCAUAUUAUUUGAAAGGCAAUAGUACGAAAAGCGAUCGAGCUACGUCACCUGGAUACAAUACAUACAGCAAGGCCUUUGUGUCAACGCUUCUUGGCAAUGAUAACGUUCUAUCCAGCUUGCGGACGAAAUGUGAUUUUCUUCGAGGGAAUGAGGAGGUGGGUAGCCAUUCGUUCUCCACCGCGUCGGCGCGUGAAGGUAGUUUGUCGAAGUAUUCAACAGCUAUGGAAAAUCAUGUCGAUACGACGUCUGAGGAGAAAUGUGGGGAAGGCCUUUUUGAGAUGUUUCUUGACUCCUCGGAAGAUGAGGAUGAAGAACAGAUUGCGCUACAGGCCCAAAAUGAAGGAGACAGAGGAGGCAUGCCAUUGUCACCCCGCGGUAUUGCAAAGGGGGAGCUUCCUUUUGUCUUUACAGAUUAUCGUGGAAAUACUUGGACACGUUCGGCAGACAAAUUGGGCGUUGGCGCCUUUUCUGUGGUCUACCGUGGUAUGUCAACUUCUGGAGAUCUCGUCGCACUUAAGUGCUUUGCUUUGCGGGCACGUAAUAUUGAUAUUGAAGACAUUUUGGAAGAAAUUAAGCUUUUCUCCCAAUUUCGGCAUGAAAACAUUGUGCAGUACAUCAGUGGCUACUUCUCUAAUGAUUUCUUUAUUGAGGUAAUGGAACUUGUCCCUGGCGGAUCACUUGACAGCAUCCUUAGCAGCUUUGGGAGCUUACCAACGAUGGCCGUUCGCCGAUUUUUGAGGGAUGCAUUAAAUGGACUGAUGUAUUUACACUCCAUGAACGUGGUGCACUGUGAUGUGAAACCCCACAACGUCUUGGUGGCGAUGGACGGCGUCUGCAAGUUGAGUGACUUUGGCUCGUCGCUUGUGCGGCUGACGAAUUCAAUUCACAAAAUUAGCGAUGUGGUUGAGAUGCGUGGGACGCCAGGAUACAUCGCGCCUGAGGUGGCGCGUGGUGAGGUGCCCAGCGGAAAGAGUGAUGUCUUUUCGCUUGGAAUCACCGUUCUGGAGCUCCUUACCGGUCGGUUGCCGUGGAGAUUUGUGCAACCACGGAAGGACACAGAGCCAGCGGUUGGUGGUCGAGAUUUGGCGGCGCACUGUGUGGCCGAAAGGGGUGUGUUCGACGGAAACGGUACUGUUUCGGAGUCAAAUGUGUCCGAGUUCUCCGCGUGGCUGCCGAAACCUCACGGAUGUAUCGGUGCUGCGCUGGCGGAGGUGAGCACGGCGGACGCCGACUGGUCAAAUGACCCCCAAAACAGCAUUGAUUCUCUUCUUGGAAGCCCGUCGCAGUUGCUCAUUGGCAUUACGAAGGGCGAGAUUGCGCCGGAGAUCCCGUUGUGGCUUGAGGGCGACGUCCGUGACUUUCUGGAGGCGUGCGUUGCAUUUGACCCGGAGAACCGCCCCACUGUGGCGGAGUUGCUGAAUCACCCCUGGAUGCUUUGA